UCAUACAUACGUGUAUUACACCACUAGAAAGAAGUAGUAACUCAGUACAGAUGUGAUACAUCAAAUUUAUGUCAGAUUACAGGUUACAUAAAAAGGUGCCAAGAGGCUUCAUAUUAGUCAGCAGCAAAGUCAGAUCGACAACUGCAGUGGUGUUCCAGAAGGUGCAAGGAGAUUCUGUUAUAAAAACUAAUUACAAGUGAAGUCAACAAUGGAGCGUUGGUCAGGGCGUGUUGCCGUGGUAACAGGAGCCAGUGCUGGGAUAGGAGCAGCCAUCGCUGAAGAACUCGUGAAGAAAGGACUGAAAGUGGUAGGACUGGCGCGCAGAGUGGAGAGGGUUGAGGAGAACGCAAAGUUGCUCCGAUCUGAACCAGGGAAGCUGCAUCCACUCAAAUGUGACGUCAGUAAGGAAUCAGAUGUUAAGGAGGCCUUCAAAUGGGUCAAGUCAAACCUGGGUGUAGUGGACAUCCUCGUCAAUAAUGCCGGGGUAUGCGACUUCAACAAUCUUACAGACGGGCCACCGGAGAAGUGGAGGAACAUCAUAGACAUUAAUGUUCUGGGCCUCAGUAUGUGCACAAGAGAAGCCAUUCAGAGCAUGCGGGAGAAGGCGGUGGAUGACGGUCACAUUAUUAACAUUAACAGUGUUCUUGGUCACGGAACACCCUUCGCCGCUUUCAUGUAUGCUGCCUCCAAACACGCCGUCACAGCGCUGACAGAGGGACUCCGACGGGAACUGGUCCAGCAAAAGUCUAAAAUCCGUGUCACUAGCAUUAGUCCAGGAGCGGUUAAGACGGAAAUAGCUGAAGCAUCAGGUGUUCCGAAGGAGAUUCUGGAACAGUAUAAGGAUAACCCGAUCAUGGAAGCUAAGGACAUCGCCGAUUCGGUGAUGUAUGUUCUCGGAACUCCACCACAUGUACAGAUCCACGAACUCAUCAUAAAGCCUGUUGGAGAAGAAUGGUAAUUGAAGGAACUACGUUGGAUUGCGAGUGCAGAAGCAGAAGCCCAGCCAUGAACACCUUGGUUCGAAAUGUACCUUGUAAUAGGGGCACAAUACAACAGUCUGGAGAAUAUUGUGCAGGGGCCUAUUAAAAACUGCAGAAAGAGUAGAACCUUUAUAACAGUCAUAUAAAAAUGAAAUAUACAAUCGUACCCCUAUA